AUGGAACCUCUUACUUUGGAAAAGGUGAUUCUCCUGGUCCGUGAUUUCUUAGUUGUGUGGAUAAGCCAAAUUCUAUACUACAACCACAUCUACCCCGAUGAGUCCUAUGAGGAACGGUCUUACAUGGAAAAUGUCGUGUUCCAAACACGGGUUCCUGCUCUUGCAGAAUACUUGACAAGUUUUGCAAACCAGAUGAUUAAGGUACUUGUCGAAAAAGAUGGCGGCGGCAAAGUCCACGAGAUUAUUGUGCUUAUUUACGACGAAGCUAGUCUUCAUGUGCGCAAAAGGUAUAUUGCCAAUUUUAGUCAGUUUGUGGGGUUGGCGGGCCACUUCACAUCUUUGGAUUUCUUGAACGGACUGCUGGAUGCAAAGCUGGCCCGUUUGAACUUACCCGACUUGACUUGGCCUCAUUUGUUUACGGAUUUGCGCAGCCUCAUGUUUUUCCACAUCCAAGAGCUUAAAAGGAGCGAACUGAAGAUGGAACCCAAUGUAUUCUUUAAACUUUUACUUAACAUGGAUGGGUCUGUCAAUCUUUCUCUGUCCGAAAAUAAUGUUUGGGCAAAAAUCACCCUGGCGGACGACCAAAGACCUAUGAAAUAUGUACCUUUGGGAGAAACUAGUGUAGGGUUCGUAUGUUUCGAUAUACACAAUGAAUAUAUACCAUAG